AUGGAUGCGCAGACACAGAACACUUCGUUGCAGCGCCUCCAGAAUGUCGAGAGAAGAGUGGUGAGGGUUUUGGAUAUAGCUGGAGGUGUGAUGGAAGAACUGGCGAGCCCUUCUGGGCCCAGGGAAGAUUUCGUCAACAGCCAUUGCCGUGAGUUCAUGAAAUCCAUCAAGGAUAUUCAAGUGACACUAAGGGAAGAGAUCAAAAGCGCCUGCGAGUACCGUCCCUUUGAGAAAUGCGACUACAAUGCAAGGAUUGCUAAUGAGAUUUCCUUCCAGAAGCUUCAAUUUGUUCUCUCACAGCUUCAUCAUCUGCAACAAACCCUUGACCGGUAUCCUUCUGAUGAUUGA